AAAUAUUGAUUUGAAUGAUUGAUCAAUUUGUUUUGUCGGCCAAUUUUUAUUUACACAUGUGACUCGUAUGAUCAUGAUUUUUGAAACGGAAAUCAAAGUCUCUUGGCUUUUUCUCAUGAACAGAUUUAGAAAUAUAUUGAUUCUUAAAAUUUUAAUAAACCACUGCUUCGUCUGGUGUCUAUAAUAUAAAUACUAAUUUUCUACCAGAUUGAAAAUUUUUGAUGUUAAAAUCUGGAAUUUAUAGAUCCAAUGUCACAUUCAGUAAAAAUUUAUGAUACAUGUAUAGGGUGUACUCAAUGUGUACGAGCCUGCCCCACAGACGUAUUGGAAAUGAUACCUUGGGACGGAUGUAAAGCUAAGCAAAUUGCUUCCGCACCAAGAACCGAGGACUGUGUGGGUUGUAAGAGAUGUGAAUCCGCCUGCCCCACGGAUUUUUUGAGUGUCCGUGUUUAUUUAUCAUAUGAAACAACUCGCAGCAUGGGUCUAGGUUAUUGAUACGUUACAAAAAAAUCCACUUGAAUCAAUUGAUUCCUCUUUACCGACAAAAGCCCGUACUCGAGAAAAUAUAUUAUUCUAUUCCGAGCACGGGUUUUUCUGGUCAAACGUAUCUUGUCUUUAUCACGAGUUAUUUUCCUUGGUUAACAAUACUUGUUGUUUUGCCGAUAUCCGUCGGUUCUUCCAUUUUCUUUCUUCCUCAUAAAGGAAAUAAGAUGUUUAGGUGGUAUGCUAUAUGUAUAUGCUCGUUGGAACUCCUUCUAACAACCUAUGUUUUCUGUUAUCAUUUCCAAUUGGACGAUCCAUUAACCCAAUUGGAGGAAGAUUUAAAAUGGAUAGAUGUUUUUGAUUUUCACUGGAGACUGGGAAUCGAUGGGCUUUCCAUAGGACCUAUUUUACUGACAGGAUUUAUCACCACUUUAGCUACCUUAGCGGCUUGGCCAGUUACUCGAAAUUCGCGAUUGUUCUAUUUUCUCAUGUUAGCAAUGUACAGCGGUCAAAUAGGAUUAUUUUCUUCUAGAGACCUUUUACUUUUUUUCAUGCUGUGGGAGUUAGAAUUAAUUCCUGUUUAUUUACUUUUAUCCAUGUGGGGGGGAAAGAAACGUCUCUACUCGGCCACAAAGUUUAUUUUGUACACUGCGGGGGGCUCCAUUUUUCUCUUAAUAGGAGUUCUAGGUAUGGGUUUAUAUGGCCCUAAUGAACCCACAUUAGAUUUUUCAAAAUUAACUAAUCAAUCAUAUCCUGUGGCAUUGGAAAUAAUAUUAUAUUUUGGAUUCCUUAUUGCUUAUGCUGUCAAAUCGCCGAUUAUACCCCUACAUACGUGGUUACCAGAUACCCAUGGAGAAGCACAUUACAGUACAUGUAUGCUUCUAGCUGGAAUCUUAUUAAAAAUGGGCGCAUAUGGACUUAUUCGGAUCAAUAUGGAAUUAUUACCCCACGCUCAUUCUAUAUUUUCUCCCUGGUUGGUAAUAGUGGGAACGAUUCAAAUAAUCUAUGCAGCUUCAACCUCUCUCGGUCAACGGAAUUUAAAAAAAAGAAUAGCCUAUUCCUCUGUAUCUCACAUGGGUUUCACAAUUAUAGGAAUUGGUUCUAUAACCGGAAUGGGACUCAACGGUGCCAUUUUACAAAUACUCUCUCAUGGAUUUAUUGGUGCUGCGCUUUUUUUCUUGGCAGGAACGAGUUGUGAUAGAAUACGUCUUGUUUAUCUCGACGAAAUGGGGGGGGUAUCGAUCCCAAUGCCAAAACUAUUUACCAUGUUCAGUAGUUUUUCGAUGGCUUCUCUUGCAUUGCCAGGAAUGAGUGGUUUUGUUGCGGAAUUAUUAGUAUUUUUUGGAAUAAUUACUAGUCCAAAAUACCUUUUAAUGCCAAAAAUGCUAAUUACUUUUGUAAUGGCAAUUGGAAUGAUAUUAACUCCUAUUUAUUUAUUAUCUAUGUUACGUCAGAUGUUCUAUGGAUACAAGCUAUUCAAUGUUCCAAACUCUAAUUUUGCGGAUUCUGGACCACGAGAACUAUUUGUUUCAAUCUGUAUCUUUCUACCCGUAAUAGGUAUUGGUAUUUAUCCGGAUUUCGUUCUCUCGCUAUCAGUUGACAGGGUGCAAGCUAUCCUAUCUAAUUACUUUCAUCGAUAGUCUUUCAUUAAUAAUACGGAAAUAUAAUUUUUGUCUUUGAUUUUAAGAUUUUUAAAAUCGUUCGCUGUACAAUGCAAAAGAAUAAAGUGAAUUAGAAUUGUAAUGAGAUGCAUUUUGAGUUUUUGAGAACCGUUUUGAAUAAGGAAUGAUUCAAACGGUUCUCAAAAACUCGCACAAACAAGAAGCUUUUUAUAUAUAUAUGGGAUGAUGUUCUUAUGUAUUCUUUAUGUAGUUUAUUCAAUUAUUUAUCUGUGUAGUUUAUUCAAGUAGAUGUUAAUGUGAAUGAACCAUAACUAUGUAGACCUAUUCCUAAUAGAUUGAUUCCAAAAUAACAUACCCAAAUUAUAAGAAAUCCUAUAGAAGCCACAAGUGCCGAAUUCAUACUUUGCAAACUUUGAUUUGUUCUACUUCUAAUAUGUAUUCUAGUUCUAGUAUGUAAAUAAAUCGCGAAUAUGGUCCAAGUAAUAAAAGCCCAAGUUUCUUUGGGGUCCCAAUUCCAAUAAGAUCCCCAUGCCUCAUUAGCCCAUACUGCUCCACAAAGAAUGCCUAUGGUUAAAAAGGUAAAUCCUAAACUAAUGACACGAUAACUCCAAUAAUCCAAACGUUGAGUCAAUUGAUAUUUAUAAUAAUUUCGAAAUGAAAGAAAAGAAGUGUUUUUAAAAACACUUCUUUUUUCAUUCAAAUAUUGAAUCUCACCAAAGAAAAA